UUUUUUUUUUUUAAUAACAUGGGAGACAAUAAAAUUGCAGCUAUUGAAGACAUUAACACUAUUGUAUCUCAAGAAGAUGUUACUUUUGAACAAGAAAAAUAUAAUGGUCAUUCUCUUGAACCACCUACAGUAUUAGUUGGAAAUACCAAUACAAAUUAUUCAACAACUGACUUGUCUAAUCCUUCAAAUGACACCAAUCAUGUUAAGGGGUUUUAUAACGUUACAGAUUCAGCAGAAGUAGUUGAUUUAGUUGUUGAUGGUCAAUUACCAGAUUGGCUAAUUGGAGAACACUAUACUAUUGGUCCUGGUAUUUAUGAUGUUCGUUAUACAAGAAAGAUUGAAAUCGAUGGCGUACUUCAAAGCGCAACAGCCGUUUUUACUUUAGGACACUGGUUUGAUGCUCUUCCUUUGGUAAAUCGUUUUGAUAUCAAUGGUGAAAGAAACUCAAUAACGUAUCGUCAUCAUUUAACUAACAAAAAAUUGUCAGAAAAGAUUCGUGAUCACCAUGGUUAUGCACCAAACUUCCCCGCAGGAUUAUUUAAAACGAACCCUAAUCAAACCAUAUUAAUCAAAUUUUUGAAUAAUGGCAAGACCUUAAAACCUGAUCGUGUGCCUUGUGGACAACGCAUCUUACCCUAUUUACCUGGUAUUGAUGGCCGUUUAUUUUGUCAAGAUUUUGCAAAUCAUAUUCAAGAAUUAGAUCCAUUUGACUUGAAACCUACUCGUAUACAAACAUGGAACGAAAUUAAUCCAGAUUUUAAGGGGUACAGUUCUUGUUCUAAUGGUCAAUUUGAUGUAGAGACAGGAGAAUACAUUAACUUUACAAUGGAAAUUGGUUAUCGAUCUACAAAAUAUCAUUUCUUUUCUAUUACUGAACAAAAUCCUAAAGGAGAACUAAUUGCCACCAUUUGGAAUGCUCCUACAGGUUGGAUUAAUAACUUUGCAUUAACACCUCAUUAUAUUGUCAUGGUGAUUCAUCCCAUGUUAGCCAACUCAGGGGCAGUCAAAUUUGCUUGGUCAGAGAGUAUCCUUGAUUCUUUCAAUUUUUAUCCUUCAGAGCCGACCCUAUUUUAUGUUAUUAAUCGUAAAGAAAAGGACGUGAUUGCAUGCUAUCGUUCUGAUGCUACUUUCUCUUUUAACCAAGUGAACGCCUUUGAGGAUAUUCAUGGCAAUAUUGUAAUCGAUAUAGUUUGUUAUGAAGAUGAUACAAUCGCUUCACAACUAUCAACCGAAAACUUGCGCCAUCCUGAAAAGAUGGGUCGUUUAGCGUUUUCAGAAGUGAGACGAUAUAUAUUAAACCAUCCUGAACAUGAGGCACACUCAAUUUAUGUAGCUAAUAACUCCUUUAUACCUUCCACUACCUCCAUUACCUCUCGUAUCGGUUCCAUUUGGAAUUAUGUGACAGGUGGAUCUAAUGCUCGAGAAAAUGCGACUGGAGCAAGUGGAUGGCAUGCUUGGAUCCCAGUAAUUAGUUAUCAGAAACUAAUUGAGACUACAUUGGAGUUACCUCAAGUAAAUCCUCAUUAUAAAAUGAAGCCAUAUUCAUUUGUUUAUGGACUUGGUUUUAGUGCUGAUAGUUCCAUUCAAGAAGGAAAAAUUUGGGAUAGUAUUAUUAAAAUUGAUAUAAAUAAUCAUACUGUUUUAGCUUCUUGGCAUGAAGAGAAUUGUUAUCCAAGUCAAGCACAAUUUGUUCCUAGACCAACCAGUAAAACAUCCGUAGGAGAAGAAGAUAAAGCAUCAACUAACGCAGAAGAUGCAGGUGUCUUAAUAAGUAUUGUAAUGGAUUCUGCACGUUCCACUUCUUUCCUUUUAGUAUUAGAUGCUAAAGAUCUUAGUGUGGUUGCUAGAGUUGAAUUGAACAAAUUGAUUCCUCUUAGUUUUGCACAAGGAAGUCAUAGAGCAAGACAAACUUAACUUUUCCUUGUUCGACUUUCUGUACCCACACACACACAUACACACACACACAUACAUACCUUCACCCUCACUCCUUAUGUAAAACUAUUGCCAUUCUCUCCUCAUCCCUCCUAUUCGUUCUCCC